CCACUUCUGUCCGACAUCGCGGUGGGCAUACCCACCGGCGUCAACUAAUUUUUUCAUGUACCCACGUAUGUCUAUUUUGUGACCCACUUUUGUCCAAAUUAUACCCACGUUUGUCCACUUACGGACGGCGGAAAUCAAGCGGAAAUCGACCUCCACGUCACCGCACGGCAGAACAUCGAAUAGCCUCGGAACGUCUCAGAACCUCCCAACACCGUAUCGAUGGCAUCUUUCGAAUCCAUGGCUGCCGACUGCGGACCGACCGCGGAGGAACAUGUCAGGCACAUGCAAGGCGGCGCCCGGGAAUCUGCCAUAGAUGGCAGGAAAGAAACUCCUGCCAUAACAAAAAAACGCCUCCAGAACCGACUCUACAGAACCAGAUUUCAAACUGAAGCACUGAAGCCGAGAGCGCGCCUGCACCUGCCCACUGGCGAGGACACGCAGCAUACGCAGCAGCGGGCAGCGGACCCGCGGCCGGAUGAAAGCGCUGCGCCCGCGCCCGCAACCUCCUCCUCCUCGCGAGGCACGGCGCGCUACUCUGUCGGAAUCAAUAUGUUCGAAUCAAAACCCUGUUCACGCUCACACUUACUGGGUCCUCCGAAUCCCAUGCCUUCUGCCGCACCCCAUGGACCUGUCCCUCGAAUCCCAACGGCGCAGACCUCCCUGUGCCUGCACUACUACGUAAGCUCAGAGGCCGGCGCUCUCGAGGAGCACGCUCCCCCGCGAAGGUUGGAGAAUGAAAUGCCACCCGAGAUGAUUCAAGAGCACGAGGCCUUGAUCCGAAUGCUGCACUUUCAAAACAACGACACCAAGGCUAUCUACAAAACUAUCCAGCGCGAUGGGUGGAGGCUAGGAGCGAGAGGGAAGCAGCAGGUGAGAACCAUGAGGACGCGAUUCGAGAAGGAAAGAGCCGCAAGCGUAGGAGGUGCCAACGACGCCCAGCAGUUGUUGCGGCAGCUUCAGUCAGAGGGUUGCUGGAUGAGUUUCACCUUGGACAACAGCGGGCGCAUCAACCGCAUCGCCUGGGCGCUGGACGAGCAGAAGAAAAAUGCGCUGCGAUACUACCCGCUCAUCAUCCAGGACAACACCUUCAACACUAACCAGUGAGAGAAGUUUUGAGUUUGCUGUGUCCCGAGACCUCGGGGCACACCGGUGUGGUUUGAGCAUUCCCGUACGAAAUGAAAGCAGCGUCGCGCUCGCCUCUACCGUUGUGCGAAUGUCUUCCUUAUAACACGCAUGUCCG